UAGGUUCAAAAUAAAUGUCUGUUAGAUUUGAAAAUUUAUGGGGGGAGUGGAUGGAUGGUACCUAUAAUAGAGUUUGACUGGAUCGCCAUGGCCCCUCUUCUACUAAUACUUCUUCACUCUCCCUCUCCCCCUCUCUCUCACUGCUUUCCUGUAAUUCGGAAAGUUUUCUUUCUGUACUUGACUUCUUCUUCUUCUUCUUCUUAGUAGUUCAUCCUCUUCAUGAGGGAUGAGCGCUUCCAAGUUCAUCAAGUGUGUGACAGUGGGAGAUGGUGCUGUGGGCAAGACUUGUAUGCUCAUCUGCUACACCAGUAACAAGUUCCCGACUGACUAUAUUCCUACAGUCUUUGACAACUUCAGCGCAAAUGUCUUGGUGGAUGGAAACGUUGUCAAUUUAGGACUUUGGGACACAGCAGGCCAAGAAGAUUACAGUAGGUUAAGGCCACUGAGUUACAGGGGAGCUGAUGUGUUUGUUUUGGCCUUCUCUUUGCUCAGCAGGGCAAGCUAUGAAAAUGUCCUAAAGAAGUGGAUGCCUGAGCUUCGACGGUUCGCCCCCAAUGUUCCAAUUGUUCUCGUUGGAACCAAAUUAGAUCUCCGUGAUGAUAAAGGUUAUCUGGCUGAUCAUACGGGUUCCGGCGCAGUAACAACAGCACAGGGGGAGGAGCUAAGGAAGCAGAUCGGUGCUGCCGCUUAUAUUGAAUGUAGCUCCAAAACUCAGCAGAAUAUCAAAGCUGUUUUUGAUACUGCUAUAAAGGUUGUCCUUCAACCCCCAAGAAGGAAGGAAAUGAUUAAAAAGAAAAAGAGAAGUUCUGGCUGCUCAAUCAUGAGUAUAAUGUGCGGAGGCACAUGUGUUGCUUAUUGAUGAUCUUUGUUUUGGAAGGGGUUUUGAUGCUCGUAGAUGCGCAACACCAUGCUUGUGUGCGUUCAUCAUAUCAGGACAACCUGCUUCUCAUGUUUCACGAAUAUAUAUAUAUAUCUUUUAUUUUUGUUUUAGUCUUGUAGCAUCAUGACGCACAGAUAACAUCUGAUAUGUUUGUUUUGAGUUCCCUACUGUUUGUAAUGGCUGAAAGGAAGAUCCUUUCUUCCAAUGAAGAGAAAUUUACGUGGUCUUCUAAUUUCUACGUUUUCAAUCUAUAUCCUGUGCUACUA